GAAUCUUUUUUCAAAAGCCCCGAAUCUUUUUUUAGUGUUUUAAAUUCCCGGCAACUCUUAUUUCCAAUAUAACUUCCCCUCGGUUUCUCUAUAAAUGUCACCAAAUGCUCUAUUACUGAGGAAAUAUAUACCUUAUUUUCAAAGCCCAAUAUUGAAAAAUAAUUUGACUUGCUACACGAUCUAUGCCAGGUCUCUGGGCUAUGGUGAUUUCAAUGGUUAGAUUGAUUUGUUUAGAUCCAGUGAAAAUGCUGCCUUGACAACGCUACGUCAUGGCUUCGGUGUUCCAAAAAGCCUCUGUCAGAAGUCUGUCACUUUUACAGUCUGUGAUAAAACACUUUGUGUACAUGUUGUUGAAACGUUAUGGAUAUUAGAAAGUUUUUCAAAAGACCACCCAGCUCCGUUCAAGCAACAGCAUCGCCCAGUGAACUGAAGGAUGGUGUUGUUUCAGAUGAUAACGUGUUGACUCGUGAUGAGCAGAUCAUCCUGGGUGUGCUGUUGUCCUUCUUCCUGGCCUUGUUCCUCAUCCUCCUCAUCUAUGCCUCAGUGCGCAUCCACCAAAGGAAGUUGGAGGGCGGGACUUACUCCCCUCGGGAGGCAGAGAUUGUCGACACCAAGUUCAAGCUGGACCAGCUCAUCGCUGUGGCUGACCUGGAACUCAAGGAGGAAAAGAUAAACCGGUAUUCGUCCUUCUUCUUCCGACGGAAGGAGAUAUUUGUCAUCCAGCUUCUCAGUUAUAGAAAGUCUCUCAAGCCGGUCACCAAGAAGGGCUUCCUUCAGCACGUGGAGGACUUGUGUGCCAACGACAAUGCCAAGUUCCAGGAGGAGUUCUCAGAGCUUCCCAAGCUGUUACCAGACUUGGCAACAUCAGAUGCCAAUCUGCCCUGGAACCGUUCCAAGAACCGUUUCACCAAUGUCAAGCCCUGGCUUAAAGCAAUGAACAUUGCUGUGCCUGAAACUAUCAGACAUUUAUGAGGACGUUCAUCCCUGAAUUCAGGGGUACCUAUGUCCCAAUGAGUUCAUAGCGACUCAGGGCACUGUGGACGGAUUCGUUGUCAUCAGUACUGGCCGGAGGAUAAUAAGUAACAGUGUUUGGGGACAUUGUCAUCACCAAACUCACCGAAGACGUGUACCCGGACUGGACUGUCAGAGCACUGAGAGUGGAGAGGCAUGGAGACUACAUGGUAGUGCAUCACUUUAACUACACCUCGUGGCCAGAGCACGGCGUACCAGAGUCCAGCACCACGCUCAUCCAGUUUGUCAAGUCUAUCCGCUCCAACCACGGCCAUGAUAACACCACUAUCGUAGUGCACUGCAGUGCUGGCGUGGGAAGAACUGGUGUGUUUAUAACUCUCAAUCACCUGAUCCAGCAUGCGAGGGACCAUGACUUUGUGGAUAUCUAUGGCCUGGUGGCAAAGCUGCGCAGUGAGAGUAUGUGCAUGGUGCAGAACCUGGCCCAGUACAUGUUUCUCCACCAGAGCACUUUGGAUCUGCUGUCCAGCAAAAGCAACAGUCAGUCCAUCUGGUUUGUCAACUAUUCCGCUCUGGAAAAGAUGGACUCGCUGGAUGCCAUGGAAGGUGAUGUUGAGCUGGAGUGGGAGGAGACGACUAUGUGAUUGGCAGAUUGGUGAAGAACUGCUUCUGAAGGGCUAUCUUAAAAGGGUGGUUCAGGAUUUUGGACAUAGGACCUAAUUUCCAAGUAAGCAAGUGUGAUAUUUAUCAGGUGCUAGGCUAGCGCAAGUCAACGAUAUGUGUUAGCCUGCCACUAAAAACAGUCUUACCCACUCCAAAGUACACCCGAGGCAAAUUCCAGACAAUCGAUGUUAACAUGCCAGACGCCAAGUAAGUCUAAGGGGCAUUCACCAACCAAAGGUAAAAGAGGCAAAGCAUGGUCAGAAUUAGGCUGGACACCUGAAUCUACGGAGUAGACUGGAUGUAUGAAUCAACGUGAGGACUUUCGGACACUGGGGCCAAAUACAAUGGAGACCACAGCGCUGAAACACACACAUACUCAUUUAGGUUUGCACAAAGAUACUGUCAUACAAACAAACCCAUACAUUGUCUUAUGCAUGCAUGCACACACACACACACAUAGGUGACUGUUGGCAUAAACACUCUGUGUUGCUGAGGUACAUAACUGUGGGUGGAAAAUUAUGUGUGUGCAGUCAAAAUAAAUACUUCUUUUAUGGGACCACCAGACCAUUAAAACCAGUGGUGAUAUCUCACGAUCUGACUUUAUGAAUAUCUGUACCCUCUCUCUCUGAUGUCUACUUGUUUUAUGUUUUUGUUUUGUAAUAUAACUUAUUAAGCCAAAUGACUGCUAUAUCCCACUGUAUGUUGAAGAGGUGGUAUCACAGAUGUAUUUUCCACUGUGUGUGUACAUUUUCAGAAGAAUCAGUGUUUGUGUUUUGGAAAUAAAAUCUGUUGUGUUCCUGCA